AUGAGUUUUGAAGAAAAACCAACAACUCAAGAUCCAGAAUCUGGAUUAUUUAAAAAUAAUUCAUCUUCUCAAUCAUCAUUUAAAAAAGAUCUUUUACCAGAUAAUUCAUCACAUGUAUCAGAAUCAGAGAGAGCAGAUGGUGAACAUGGAAAUAUUUUAUCUCAAUAUACUGAAAAACAAGUUAUGGUUAUGGGUAGAAAUUAUGCUUUAAAAUAUGGUUUAGAUCCUGAAAUAUUUGCUAAAGGUGCAGCUUUAGCAAGAGCUCCAAAUUCUUAUAAUUCAAUGCCAUUUUUAACUGAUGAAGAAAAACAAGGAUUAUAUUUAGAACAAACUAAAAAAUGGCAUCUUCCUAAAAAAUUGUUUGCAGUUAUUGCUGCUGGUGCUAUGGCUGCUGCAGUUCAAGGAAUGGACGAAAGUGUUAUAAAUGGUGCUACAUUAUUCUAUCCUACCGCUUUUAGAUUAAAAGAAAAAUUUCCAGAAAAUUAUGAUUUGAUGGAGGGACUUGUGAAUGGAGCUCCGUAUUUAUUUGCUUCGGUCGUUGGUGCCUGGACUACAGACUUUUGGAAUCGACACUUAGGAAGGAAAUGGACCAUUUUUUGGACUUGUGCUAUUUCUGCAGUUACUUGUGUUUGGUCUGGAUUUGUGAAUACAUACUGGCACCUUAUCAUUGCUAGAUUGUUUUUAGGUCUCGGUAUAGGUGUUAAGUCAGCAACUGUUCCUGUGUAUUGUAGUGAAUGUACACCAGCUCGGGUAAGGGGUUCACUCGUCUUAAUGUGGCAGCUCUGGACUGCGGCUGGUAUUAUGCUAGGGUACGUGGCGUGCUUGGCGUUCUACUACGUUCCCGACAAAAGCUUUGGUACUGGAUUGAAUUGGAGAUUAAUGCUUGGUUCAGCUUGUAUUCCAGCUUUUAUUAUACUUUUUCAAAUCCCCUUUGUCCCUGAAAGUCCUCGUUGGCUAAUGGGUAAAGGUAGACACAAGGAAGCUUACGAAAGUUUAUCAUCGCUAAGAUUUGAAAAUGUUGCAGCAGCAAGAGAUUUAUUUUAUCAAUUUGUUUUAUUACAAGAGGAAGAGGGUAAUUAUGAUGUUCCAACCUGGAAGAGAGUAAUCGAAAUGUUUACCAUUAGAAGAAAUAGAAAUGCGGCAAUUGGAUCUUGGAUUGUUAUGUUCAUGCAACAAUUUUGUGGAAUUAAUGUCAUUGCUUAUUAUUCGUCGUCAAUUUUUAUUGAAGCCGGGAUCAGUGUAAUCAAUGCUUUGGUGUAUGCUGUUUCCCGGCAAUAUUUACACUCGACCGCAUUCACUGCCUGUGGAGCCUUUGGCUUCUACGCAGCAUGGAAUUUGGUAGGCUUCUUUAUGGUAUUAUGGUUCUUACCUGAAACUAAACAAUUAACUUUAGAAGAGUUAGAUGAUGUCUUUGCUGUUCCUAUGUAUACCCAUGCUAUAUACAGAACUAGAACGUUUUUAAGGGGCUUCCAGGAACAUGUUUUAAGACGUAAAAACUUACCGGAAAUUCCACCUAUUUAUACUCAUCAAAGAAUGGCUGUUACUAAUCCAAGUUGGAAUGAAAAGACUGAAGUAGAUCAUAUCGAGUAA